AGAUGGCGGCGCCCGGGGUCCCGAAGAGCGGUCGCGGAGGGUGCCACCGCCCUCGGCGAGGUCGGGCCGCCCCGCGCGGAAGAACCGCCCCCAGCCGCCACACCACCUCCGCCUAGCGAAGCAUCCCAGGCCCCGCCCGGGACGGCAGCCGCACCAUGGAUUCUUCCAGUUCAUCUAAGUCCUGGCUUUCCGUCAGCUCCGCCAGUCCCGGCUCCGUCGUGCUCCUUUACUCGAAGGAGCUCAAAAAGUGGGAUGAGUUUGAAGAUAUUUUAGAGGAAAGGAGGCAUGUCAGUGACUUGAAGUUUGCGAUGAAAUGCUACACACCUCUUCUGUAUAAGGGAAUUAUUCCAUGCAAGCCAGGUGAUAUUAAAAGUAGUGUUCUCAAUUCUGAAGAGAUUUACUAUGUCAUUAAACAGCUUUCCAAGGAAUCCCUCCAGUCCGUGGAUGUCCUCCGAGAGCAAGCUUGUCAGAUCUUGGAUGAAAUGAGCCACAAGCUGCGUCUGGGAGCCAUCCGGUUUUUUGCCUUUGCCCUGAGCAAAAUAUUUAAACAAAUUUACUCAAAAGUGUGUGUAAAUGAAGAAGGUAUUCAGAAACUACAACGAGCCAUCCAGGAGCAUCCAGUUGUCCUGCUGCCUAGUCAUCGAAGUUACAUCGACUUUCUGAUGUUGUCUUUCCUUUUGUACAACUAUGAUCUACCUGUACCAGUCAUAGCAGCAGGAAUGGACUUCCUGGGAAUGAAAAUGAUUGGGGAGCUGCUGCGCAUGUCGGGCGCCUUCUUCAUGCGGCGCACCUUCGGCGGCAACAGACUCUACUGGGCUGUGUUCUCCGAAUACGUGAAAACCAUGUUGCGGAAUGGUUAUGCUCCUGUUGAAUUUUUCCUCGAAGGGACAAGAAGCCGCUCUGCCAAGACAUUGACUCCUAAAUUUGGUCUUCUGAAUAUUGUGAUGGAGCCAUUUUUCAAAAGGGAAGUGUUUGACACCUACCUUGUUCCAAUCAGCAUCAGUUAUGAUAAGAUAUUGGAAGAAACUCUUUAUGUGUAUGAGCUUCUAGGGGUUCCCAAGCCAAAGGAAUCUACAACUGGAUUACUGAAAGCCAGGAGGAUUCUCUCUGAAAAUUUUGGCAGCAUCCACGUAUACUUUGGAGACCCUGUAUCGCUUCGAUCUCUGGCAGCUGGGAGGCUGAGCCGAAGCCCAUACAACUUGGUCCCAAGAUACAUCCCUCAGAAGCAGUCGGAGGACAUGCACGCCUUCGUCGUCGAGGUUGCCCACAAAAUGCAGCUUCUCCAGAUUCAGAACCUGGUGCUGAGCCCAUGGGUCCUCGUUGUGGCCGUGCUGCUCCAGCACCGGCCAUCCAUGGACUUUGACGCACUGGUGGAGAAAACGUUGUGGCUGAAAGGCUUAACACAGACCUUCGGGGGCUUCCUCACGUGGUCCGAUAAUGAAGCCGCUGAGGAGGUGAUCCAGUCCAGCAUCCUGCUGCACUCUAACAUAGCCAGCCUUGUCAAAGACCAGGUGGUCCUGAAAGUGGACGCCAGAGACUCAGAAGUAGUCGACGGCCUCAUAUACCAGCACAUCACCCUCCUCGCAUGCUCAGCUUACAGAAACCAGCUGCUCAACGUUUUUGUCCGGCCCUCCUUAGUGGCUCUGGCACUGCAGAUGGCUCACGGGGUCAGAAAAGAGGAUGUCUACAGUUGCUUUCGCUUCCUACACGAUGUUUUGUUUGAUGAGUUCAUCUUCCUUCCAGGAAACACAGUGAAGGACUUUGAAGAAGGCUGUUACCUGCUUUGUAAAAGUGAGACCAUUCAGAUGACAGCAAGGGACAUCCUAGUUACAGAGAAAGGAAAUACUGUGUUAGAAUUUUUAAUAGGACUCUUUAAACCUUUUGUGGAAAGUUACCAGAUAAUUUGCAAAUACCUCCUGAGGGAAGAAGACCUCUUCACUGAGAAGCAGUACUUGGCUGGAGUCAGGGCGUUCACAGGUCAGCUCCUCGAUCAAGGUGCCUCGCAGUGUUACGAUGUGUUAUCUUCUGAAGUACAGAAAAAUGCCCUGGCAGCGAUGGUGAGGCUGGGCACGGUGGAGAAGAGGAAGGAAAAUAAUGACUAUGUAUUUCAUGUGAAUGAACCCGCCACAGCAACUUUAGAAGAAAUGCUUGGUUGUAAGAUGCCAGUAGGAAAACCAGCAACUGCGAAACUUUAAUAAUUGCCGAACAGCUGUGGGACUUUUGGUCAUGUAAUUACUGUCGUCCAAGGACUCAUUACAGCCAACAGGCGUGAAGGACGAGACCCUCCUUCCUCCUGCUUCGCAAGACUGAGACUGUGGGCUCGGGAGAGGAGGAGAUGACGAUUAUAGCAAUCAGUGUGACCGUCUCCACCACAACGAUUUAAAAGGCAUUUGUAUCCAACUCUGUGUGUGUUUUAAAUAAAACAAUCUUUUGGAAACAUGUUUGGAAAAACAAA